AUGGCCCCAAUCACCAAGACCCUCGCCCUCGCUGGUGCCCUCUUUGCCGUCUCUGGCUUCGCUGCUCCCGUCAACAAGCGCGCCGUCGUGUGGGAGACCGUCACUGAUGUCGUCUGGGAGACCGUCGAUGUGACCACCACCAUCUACCCCGGUGGCCAUGCUACUGCUACCGUCAUUCCCGUGGUCACCACCUCCGCUGUCGAGACCACUUCCACCGGUCAGGCCGCCGCCGCUGCCCAGACCCUGCAGGAGGAGGAGGCUACUACCACCUCCACCUCUGUCGCUGUCCCGACCACCACUGCCCAGGCUACCACCACUGCCGCCCCCGUCGUUCAGGCCGCCGCCGAGUCCAGCUCGACUUCGUCCGCUGCCUCGACUACUUCUUCCGCCAGCUCCAGCUCUAGCUCCACUACCAGCUCUGGCUACUCCGGCUCCUGCGACGAGGGCUCCCCUUGCUCUGGUGACAUUACCUACUACGACACUGCCACCACUUCUUCCAACCCCAGCUCUUGCGGCACCACCAACGACGGCACCACCGAGCGUGUCCUUGCUCUGCCCCACGGUAUCAUGACUGACUCUGACUGCGGCAAGACCGUCACCGUGAGCUACAAUGGCGAAACCGUGACCGGUACCGUUGUCGACAAGUGCAUGGGCUGUGAUGACACCUCCAUCGACUUGUCCCGGGCUUUCUUCGAGGCCGUGGCUGGCUCUCUCGACGCUGGUCGCAUCUCUGGCGUUGAGUGGUACAUCAACUAA